AUGCAAGCCACGAAUUUUCUUGCGUAUCUUGGCCGGCAAAUAAGUGUUCGAAAAUUUCUAUCUGUGCAGACCUUACUCUCCUCUCAAACAUUAUCAACUGUUAUAUCUUCCUUACUUUCCUUCUACGUUCUUCUCUUUCCAAACUAUACGUCCUUUUCCAUACUCCUCAUUUCUCUAUGUUCUUCCUUCUUUACUAAUAAUGUCAUUUUCUAUCAACAUUACUCUUUUCCUCUCUAUCAAAAACACCUCGUGAAUGUCUCUUACUCUCCUCUUAUUACAACCAUUUUCCUUUCUAUCAAGAACACCUCGUCAAUGUCUCUUACUCUCCUCUUAUUACAACCAUUACCUCUCUAUCAAAAACACCUCAAUGUCUCUUACUCUCCUCUUAUUACAACCAUUUUCCUCUCUAUCAAAAGCACCUCGUCAAUGUCUCUUACUCUCCUCUUGUCACGACCAAAAACGUUUCUUUCCUAUCCACUUUACUUCCCGCUUUUUCCUCUCCUCUAA